CGGCGCUGCGGGGGCGGCGGAUCCGCGGCGCCGCUGCUGGCAUUCCUCGCCCAGCCCCGCGCGCCGCUGCCGCUCCGCCGCUCCGCGCGAUGCCCGCCGUCCUGCUCUUCUGGAGCCGCCUGGAGAGGAACAAGGAGUCCGCUGCUGGGACCGCCUCGGCCAUGGGGAAGGACUACUACAAGGCCCUGGGGAUCCAGUCAGGGGCCAACGAGGAUGAGGUCAAGAGAGCCUACCGCAAAAUGGCCCUCAAGUAUCACCCGGACAAGAACAAGGAUCCGCACGCGGAGGACAAGUUCAAGGAAAUAGCCGAGGCCUACGACGUGCUGAGUGACCCCAAGAAGCGGGCGGUCUACGACCAGUACGGGGAGGAGGGACUCAAAACUGGUGGGGGUCCCUCUGGCCCGUCUGGAAGCACCUUCCACUACACCUUCCAUGGUGACCCUCAUGCCACCUUCGCCUCCUUCUUUGGGGGCUCCAACCCCUUCGAUGUCUUCUUCAGCAGUGGCCGAUCCAGGGUCUUCAAUGGCUUUGACCACGAGGACAUGGAUGUCGAUGACGACAGCGACGACCCAUUCAGCGCUUUCAGCCGCUUUGGCUUCAACGGCAUCAACGGUGUGCAUCGGCGGCACCCGGAGCCCAUCCACAUGCGCCGGAAGGUGCAGGAUCCGCCCGUGGUCCACGAGCUCAAGGUUUCUCUGGAAGAGAUCUACCACGGUGCUACCAAGCGGAUGAAGAUCACCCGCCGGCGGCUGAACCCGGACGGGCGAACGGUGCGGACAGAGGACAAGAUCCUAAACAUCGUCAUCAAGCGAGGGUGGAAGGAAGGAACGAAGAUCACCUUCCCCAAGGAAGGCGACGCCACCCCAGACAACAUCCCGGCUGACAUCGUCUUCAUUCUGAAGGACAAGCCACACACUCAUUUCCGCCGCGAUGGGACGAACAUCAUCUACACAGCCAUGAUCAGCCUUAAAGAGGCCUUGUGCGGCUGCACCGUCAACAUCCCCACGGUGGACGGGCGCGUGAUCCCCCUGCCCUGCAGCGACAUCAUCAAGCCAGGCACCGUGAAGCGGCUGCGCGGGGAGGGCCUGCCUUUCCCCAAGGUGCCCUCCCAGCGCGGGGACUUGAUCGUGGAGUUCAAAGUCCGCUUUCCUGACAGAAUAGCUCCCCAGACCCGUCAGAUCCUCAAGCAACACCUGCCCUGUUCCUAGAGCUGCUGGGCUGGCCUCACCUGCCUGCCUGCCUGCCAGCCAGCUUGCCCUCCGAGCAGCAAUACUCACGCCACGCCCGAGCCGCAUUGCGCCUGGCCUGGGUGUCGCCCCGGGGCCCGCCUGCCUCUUGCUGCAAACCAUGUCCUCCUGUUGCAAGAGACCCCCACUGGCCUGACCAAGCACCCCCGCCCCAUCCUCCGGCAGCUUGGCUCCCUUCUAGAGGUUCCCUUUGGAUCUGGUGUCCCUGCUUUGCGUGAGCCUUGGGGUGCCCAGUCCGCUCCCAGGGGGCUUUCUUCUCCUCCAGGGUCCGGAUGGGGAGUGACUGUCCGUAUUUCCCCAAGGAACACCAGAGCCCUGUAAAUAGAAUCCGGCUUCUCCCCUGUUUCCUGCCUGCUCUUUCUGGAUUGCUUCACCCAGAGCAGCCGGUGGGGGUCACAAAGCCAACCCCGUCCUAAUGGCAGAGGCAGAUCCCGGCCAGAACUGGACCCCCUUCCCGUGCUUGGCACGGAGAAGGCCCACCUCUGUCCACCUUCCGUUUCUGCACACGCAGACCCUGUGACGCUGGGCCGGGUCGGCCCCCUCCAGCAAGCCGCGGCCCCCUUUGAGAUGCAGCAGGGGCGCUUUGGACGGAAGGACCCUCUUUUUAUUCUAAUAGAAACAUCAUAAGGACUAGCCUCUUCCUGUCUGUGUUGGGUUCCCAUCUUAAUUCCUUGGAAAGGGCCGGGGGGUCUCCCUGCAGAAGGCGAGGGGGUGUGUGAGCUGCAGGGCCGCUGAGGAUUGGGCCAGGGGCUGGAAGGAGGUGCUCAGGCCGCUUCUGGCAGAUUGAUGGGGCGGCACCUGUGUGUUUCCUGGGGGAGCAGAACGGCGAGCCUGGGUGGGCGGAGGGGCGGAUCUGCUUGGGUGCUGCCGGGUGUUUGGGCUGCCUUUUUUAACGUUUUGGGGGAGAUUUUUAAAGAAAUGUUUCUUACUCUUGACAGUUACGUUUUGCUUUAGGCCAGUGCUGGCAAGGUUGCUGGGCCUGGAGGGGCGGGGGCCCAAAGCUGCUUUGCAAGAGAGGGUCUUCUCAUCUUCGCCCCUCCCCGCCCCUUCCGAAUUAAAACCUUGUGUCAAGACUCUUCUGUGGGAUUGUGGACUUUCCAUCCUUUUUGUUUUGAAUUAAAACACUUUCUCUCACUUAAAACGGAGGUGCUCCCUUGGGGAUCCUUUCAGUCCGUAGUGGCCAAGGCCCCCAGGUGACCCCCCUCCUUUCAGUGGGCUGCGGAGCUGAGGGGAGGCGAGCUGGGCUUGACCCGUGGCCGGACAGAGGCUCCAAAGGCCGUGCAGAGCCACUUCCUGUAUAGCUGUACAGAACUGAACGCUUCCCUCCUUUGAAUGUGCAAUGUUUUGGGAGAAGACAGAACUGUGAUGCGACGUGGAACUUGCCAACCGUUGGAACGGUUCAGACAAUGCCUACUUUUUGCACCCUCUGAUGUGUGUUUUUUCCCCAAUGCAAAAAAAGUAGGCUGCGGACCCUGUGGGCCAAGAGGACACGGGCAGGGUGGGCCAUGCCUUGCUGGGGUUCCUCCAUUUCAGGGAGACCCCAGGUGGUUUUAUAGUGUUUUUUUGGAAUUUCUCCUUUUGUAAUGUCCUGUAUUAAUAUUUAAAAAUAAAGUAUUUUAAAAGUA